GCGCGGCGGCGCUUCCGCGGGGGUUGGCGGCGGACGGGAGCGGCGGGGCCGGGCCGGGCCGAGCCGCCAUGAACUUCUUGCGGGGCGUCAUGGGCGGCCCCAGCGCCGGCCCGCAGCCCUCGGGCGCCGACACGAUCCAGAAGCUCUGUGACCGGGUGGCUUCGUCCACGUUGCUGGAUGACCGGAGGGACGCCGUUCGUGCGCUCAAGUCGUUAUCCAAGAAAUACCGGCUGGAGGUCGGCAUACAGGCCAUGGAACACCUCAUCCACGUUCUCCAGACAGACCGUUCAGAUUCUGAAAUAAUUGGCUAUGCCUUGGACACUCUCUACAAUGUAAUAUCGAAUGACCUAGAAGAGGAGGAGCAAGAUGACUCUGAAGAAGAAAACUUGGCAAAACAAGUUGAUGAUUUGGGAAGUCAGUUCACAGAGAUUUUCAUUAAACAGCAAGAAAAUGUCACUCUCCUGUUGACUCUUGUAGAGGAGUUUGAUUUCCAUGUCCGUUGGCCUGGAGUGAAGCUACUUACAUCUCUUUUAAAGCAGCAAGGCCCCCAGGUGCAGCAGAUCAUUCUUGUCAGCCCCAUGGGUGUUUCCAGACUGAUGGAUUUACUGGCAGACUCCAGGGAGGUGAUACGGAAUGAUGGAGUCUUGUUGUUACAGCAGUUGACCAAAAGUAAUGCAGCCAUACAGAAAAUUGUUGCCUUUGAAAAUGCCUUUGAGAGACUUCUGGAUAUCAUAACAGAGGAAGGAAACAGCGAUGGAGGAAUAGUGGUGGAAGACUGUCUCCUCCUCUUACAAAACUUGCUGAAGAAUAAUAAUUCCAAUCAGAACUUCUUCAAAGAAGGUUCCUACAUCCAGCGUAUGAAGCCUUGGUUUGAGGUGGGAGAUGACAACUGUGGGUGGUCUGCACAGAAAGUAACUAACCUUCACCUAAUGCUGCAGCUUGUGCGGGUGCUGGUGUCUCCCACCAACCCUCCCGGUGCCACGAGCAGCUGUCAGAAGGCCAUGUUCCACUGCGGGCUCUUACAGCAGCUCUGCACCAUCCUCAUGGCAACUGGGGUUCCUGCCGACAUCCUGACGGAGACCAUUAAUACUGUAUCAGAGGUGAUCCGAGGAUGCCAGACCAAUCAAGACUACUUUGCCUCUGUAAAUGCACCUUCUAAUCCACCAAGGCCUGCCAUUGUAGUCCUGCUGAUGUCCAUGGUGAACGAGAGGCAGCCCUUCGUGCUACGCUGUGCUGUUCUCUACUGCUUCCAGUGCUUCCUCUACAAAAACCAAAAAGGCCAAGGAGAGAUUGUGUCCACGCUCCUGCCAUCCACCAUUGAUGCUACAGGUAACUCAGUCUCGGCGGGUCAGCUGCUCUGCGGGGGCCUCUUCUCCACGGAUUCCCUGUCCAACUGGUGUGCUGCCGUGGCCCUGGCCCAUGCCCUGCAGGAGAAUGCCACUCUCAAAGAGCAGCUGCUGAGGGUCCAGCUGGCAACCAGCAUUGGGAACCCGCCCGUGUCCCUGCUGCAGCAGUGCACCAACAUCCUCUCCCAGGGUGAUAAGAUCGACAGACGGGGCAGCAAAGUGCAGACCAGGGUUGGACUACUGAUGUUGCUUUGCACUUGGCUGAGCAACUGCUCCAUUGCUGUCACCCACUUCCUUCACAACCCAGCCAAUGUACCUUUUCUCACAGGGCAGAUAGCUGAGAACCUGGGAGAAGAGGAGCAGCUCGUCCAAGGCCUGUGUGCACUUUUGCUUGGCAUUUCCAUCUACUACAAUGACAAUUCCCUGGAGAAUUACAGGAAAGAGAAGCUGAAGCAGCUGAUUGAGAAGAGGAUUGGCAGGGAGAACUUCAUUGAGAAGCUUGGCUUCAUUAGCAAACAUGAACUUUACUCCAGAGCUGCUCAGAAGCCCCAGCCUAGUUUCUCUAGCCCAGACCACAUGAUGUUUGACCAUGAAUUCACCAAGCUGGUAAAGGAAUUGGAAGGUGUUAUAAGUAAAGCUAUUUACAAGUCCAGCGAGGAGGAUAAAAAGGAGGAGGAGGUCAAGAAGACACUGGAACAGCAUGACAACAUUGUGACUCACUACAAAAAAGUCAUUAGGGAGCAGGACCAGGAGCUUGAAGAACUAAAGCAACGAAUCAACACUUUAACAUCUCAGAAUGAACAGCUCCAGGCAACUGUCACACAGCAAGUGUCCCAGAUCCAACAGCACAAGGACCAGUAUAAUCUCCUCAAAGUACAGCUAGGAAAGGACAGCCAGCAUCAUAACUCCCACAGUGACACGUUCCAGAUGAAUGGCAUUCAGACAGAGGAAGUGAGCAAGUUGAAAGAGGAGCUGGAAGAAUGGAAAAACAAGCAUGAACUGCUGCAAGGGCAGUUAAGGGAGAAGGAUUCUGUGAUAGAGAAACUAAAUUCUUCCCAGUUGGAAAUGGGAACCGCAGAGCAGUCUUCACAGACCAUCAGAUCUGCUGGCUUGGAGCACAAUAGUGAGCUGCAGAAGGAAUUAGAAAUGCUCAGGAGUCAGAUACAACUACAGGCUGGAGAAAUCUCCAAGCUUCAGAUGGAGAAUCAAAAGCUACAAGUAAUGAAUGCAACUGUAGAUCCUGUGUUAGGAGACAGUGGUGCAACAGCAGCAACCAGCUCUGAAUUGGAGGCACGACUGGAGCAAGAAAUAAAAGAACUGAAGAGUGAAGUGAAAGCCCUCUCUGAGGAGAAGGAGUCGCUGAAGCAGCACCUGGACUCCUCCAGCAGCACAGUUGCCAUAUUGCAAGAUGAGAAGAGCAAACUGCAGCGAGAGGUCGCAGAAUCCAAGAAGGAACAGGAUGAUCUCCUGGUGCUUUUGGCUGAUCAGGAUCAGAAGAUAUCUGCACUCAAGAUCAAAUUGAAGGAUCUUGGUGUACCGGUUGAAGAUGAAGAUGAUAUUGAAUCUGGAGAUCAAGGGGACGAAGAUGAGGAGGGGGACGAAGAUGAGCAGGACUAGAAUGCUUUUGUGUGUUACUAUGAAAAUGAGAUUGCAUUGUUAUUGGGGAAAAAUCUAUUACUGGUGUACAAAGCAAAAUAUCUGCUUAUGGGAAGCAGAUGGGAAAUGGCAACCGAGGGCCUGGUUCCAAGUUCCUGGAGUGUUUGAAACCCCUUCGUACUAGGUAAAGCAAACAAAUCACCGUUUCAGUUCUACAUGAAUAUCCCAAGUUGUACUUGUUUAGAAGUUGCUUUAGACACUGUUUAAAGCAGGGACAUGGCAAUGCUGAUGCCUCAGUUCAUUGUCAUUGAUAGUCCUGUGCAUUUGUCUAUAAUUAAAUACAAAAGUAUUUGGUUUAACACCUGUCACAUGGAGUCGUUGCCCCUGCCUUGAGCGUGGAGCUUCAGGGUAGUUUGUGGCUUCCUCUAAAGAGCAGUGGGAGGCAGAAGGGCUGGAGUGGCCUCUGCCAGCCUGGGGGGCUGGUCCUUGGGGUGCACCUGCACACAGGUGUGUGCCUUGACACCCGCCCUGGCUGCAGUCAGACCCUCCUGGGGAACCACAGUGUUCUGCUAGUACCACGGAAGAGUUUCCAUUAAAAGCUGUGCAAGAAAGGUAGCCUUGUGGAGAAGAAUCUUUGUGGAAACCCAAGACCAGUACACUCUUGGAAAAAAACUAACAUGCUACUGCGUCAGCAUAAGAAGUUAAAAUCUUGUUGACUACUUCAUUGAGGAAAUGAAAACUGCUCUGAUUUAUAUAACUUAUUUGGUCUUGAUGAGUGAAUAAAAGAUAAAAUUUUAAAAGAAGACUGAAAAUGGUAAAUGCAUCAAAUUCUUUUGGUAAUAAAAAUAGGUAUGUCUACUUAGCGCUCA